AUGGCCCCUACGGCCCAUCAAGGAACACGUGCAACAGUGCCCUCUUCAACGCAGUUCUCUAGCGUCUCUUCCAUUUCACUCGGUUCAGGGGCUCCAUUGCGAUCUGACUUUUAUGUUGGUGGUCCAGCCAGUGCCCAUAAACUCCCACUGAGUUCAAACGGCCCUUCAUCCUCGGCCGUUGGCCUUGGCACGUCCGCGGACUCAAUUACUCCUGUUUCCAUGCAACCCCCUGCCAAAGUGCGCAAGCUGCAUGAUGGGACCAAGCAAUCUAGAACUAAACAGCGGAGCUCAUUGAAAUUAGAGCAAUACGUACAUAAAUCUCCGCAUCGCCACUGGGUCUCCUUACGGAGCGAUCUUGCCCAGCGGCUUGAUCCCUCUCACGCCGCUGUCAAGAUAUCUUACGACCCUUCGACUAUUGCUCGAGAUAUUUUGAUCAUUGCCGAUCGGCAUCCCACUGAGCGGUUCCUGAACCAGCACUUGGAGAUCCUGCGCAAGAAUCUUGGUUGUGUGGACUAUUCAACAGAUCUGGCAACCUUGCGCUGGGACGAUCUGAUCGACCCGGUGGUACCACGUGAUGGCCCCACAACGAGCUUGCCGCGCCCCGAAGCGCACCCCGUUAACACCGCGCCUGCAGAGAUUACGACUCCAGCUCCAAAACCUCGUCUCACCUCAUCGGGGACUUUGCCAUUCAAACCUCCGCCCUACCAUUCCCGUCCACGCGACACCGCCAUAUCAGCCUCGACCACGUACUCACCUAUUCCGCCGUGGUUGUCUCAUAUCGUGCCGUCUGUCUCACCUAUUUGCCGCACGCCGACCCACUCAAGCUCUGUGCCCGCACCUUUAUCUCCGCCUGCCCCGAUAUCAGAACCAACACCGGAAUCCGUGCUUGCAUCAUCUGCGCCAGCACAAACAAAGCAAGCUCCAGCAGAUACAUCUGAGACAGAUCCAUUUGAGGACCGGCGACCUGAGUCUCGGUCACCUCAAGGCCGCUUAUCUCAGGUCCAGCCGACGCACGUAAGACCAGCGCCGGUAAACUUACCCGCUGUCAGUUGUAAUUCCAUCUCCAACGGGUCAAAUUUACCCCCGACUUCCCGCCUCAAAGCUUCCCAACAAACUCCAACUCCCGCCGGCCCUACACAGCCCCAGGUUGUCAUUCCUCCAUCGCCCCACAACAGAAUGGCGCCUAAGAAGAAGCCUGGCCGUCCGAAGAGGGAUUCUGCCAACCUUAUUGAGGUGGCGAUCCCCCCGGGACCGGUAGCAGACCGACCUGUUACGGAAUACCAAGUCUUCCCUUGCAAAUGGACCGAUUGUCGGUCGGAACUGCAUAACCUGGCAGCGAUCAAAGCCCACGUGAUCAAGGUGCAUAUUCCACAUCACAUUGUCUGUGCUUGGCAGGGCUGUCAAGACAGUACUCCUCGAGCAGCCGCGGAUAUGAUUGAUCAUAUCUAUCGGGCCCACAUUAGCCCCAUGGCUUGGGCACUUGGCGAUGGCCCCGUUGUGUCUGCACCUGGUAAGGACCUUGAAUUGCUCGCCUCCCACUUGCCCUCUCAUGACUUGCAUUUAUGA